CUGUUGAUACGGGCUCCUAGUCGUUGCCGAGCUCUCCCACCUUUCACAGGACGGCUCGAAAUAUUAUCAUAUCAAUAUGGCAUUUUCUGGAAGUACAUCAACGCCAAGGAGUCGUCCUCCGCCACCAGUGAGCAAUGCAGGCGAAGAUCCAAUAGCCACAUCGGCCAUGCUCGCUCUCGAGCGUCUCACACGCGACAACGCCGCUCUCCAGAGCGAAAUCAAACAUCUGAGAGACGAAAUGGCCGCCGAACGGCAAGACCACGCUCGACUGACGGAGAACUAUCGAGCGACGCACGAAGACGACGUGCAGAAGCUUCUCAACGAGCGCAAACUGGCGGCCUCACUGGCGGAAGAGAACGCCGCACUCAAGACGGAUGUGAGUCGCUAUCGAGGAGAAUUACUGCGACGUCGCGAGGCGAAGAACGGACCGGCGUUUGGCGGCGCUAACGCUGUUCAGGUGCUCGACGACGACUUGCUGGCGGAGAUCGAACGCGAACUGGCGAUUCUGCGUAGCCACAUUGUGCGACUGCACGGAAAGCGGUCGCCUGCUACAAAUGUUGCAAGAAAUCGGAAGGGCGAUUCGAUCUCGGAUAGGAAGCAGUCAGUGCUGGUGCAAUUGAGAAGAAUCAAUGUGGACAUGGAGGAGUCGGUGCGUGCCGUCUCUCGUGGAACGUUCAGUAAAGGGAAGAAACCAGCAGUGACGCCGUCCGCGCAGACAGCAACACCAAUAGUUGUCGACGACCUCGCACAUCUCGGUCCUCCACUGACCGAAUACUCGAUACUGAAAACACUCCACGAAAGAUUCGAUCGCGGACAGACUUAUACUCGGUUAGGUCCUCAUCUUGUCAGUACAAAUCCAUAUGUUGAAGAUGGUGCCGAUUGUUCGACUCUGCGGACGCACAGUAGCUAUAGCCCCGAGCUGGAGGCGGUCGCCAGAGAGGUGUUGGACGGAGUUAUUGAAUGUGGAGAGAGUCAGAGUAUGGUGUUGACUGGUGAGAGUGGAAGUGGGAAGACCCAUGCAGCACAGCUGCUUGUGAGAUCUAUUUUUCAGUUGUGUGGUGGCAAUAAGAAUGCUGACACGUUCAAGGUACUUGCAGCUUCAUUGUCAAUGAUGCAAUCUUUAGGUUGUGCAUGGACAGAAGGGAAUUCAAAUGCAUCCAGAGUGGGUCAGUAUGUUGAGCUUAUCAUCGAGGGAAAUGUUGUCCAACCUGCUUGCUAUUGGUACUAUGUCGAUCAGGGUCGGGUAUGUCAAAAAAGCAGUAAAGAACGAAACUUUCACAUCUUUUAUCAGAUGCUUGCUGGCUUGACUCAAGAAGAAAGAGCUCAGUAUCACUUGAUUGGCUACUCCAAGAAGAAUCUGAACUACCUGAAAGUUGAUCAACCUGAAUCAGAAGAGGAUAAGUCAGUUAAACAAGAUCAGUUUAUUCAUUUUAAGAACUGCAUGGCUGCUCUUCGCAUUCCUUUUGCUGAUGUAAUGCGAAUUUUGGCUGCAGUAAUGUUGCUGGGAAAUGUAGAAUUCAAAGAAGCAGCAGAAGGACAGCCAGUUGCUCUAAGGACUGAAGAAGAAAUAAGAUCAGUCGGAAGUCUUCUUGGCGUUGCUUCUGACCGACUCAAGCAGGGACUAACUUUGAAAACUAAGAAUGUUCGAGGUCAAAUGGUGCAAUCACUAUGCAGUGUAGAUGAGGCUCUUACAGCGCGUGAUUGUCUGGCAAAGUCAAUGUACAGUCGAACUGUUUCUGCUGUAAUGAGGAGAGCUAAUUCAUGCUUGCGUCGAAGUCCGACUGGUCAAGGGUCUGCAAUGGGAAAAACUAGUCGAGUGCUCUCGCCCGAACGAACACGCUUGUUUUCACCCGGUCCAGUAGGAUCUAGUCCUAUACAAUUUACGUCUCCAAUGAUUCUUAGGACAACUUCAAGUCCCGCUGGACCAGCGUAUCAAAAUCGAUCUGGUGGGCAGAGAAGUCAGAGUGUUGAUGCUUCCUUGUCUUCUGCUUCAUCGUUAUUUAUUGGCAUUUUGGAUAUGUUUGGCUUUGAGAACUCAGAGGUAGGUAGACUAGCACAUUUAUGCAUAAAUCUCUGCUCAGAGACACUUCACAGUCAGUUUGCCAGCUCUCUUUUUACUGAUGUAUUUGAUUCUAUCAGAAGUGAAGGUGUGGAGCUGUCACUAGAAAUGCCUUUGGAGAGCAACAAGCCUAUUAUAGAUUUGAUUGUUGAUCAGGAUGGUAUUUUGGAUCAGCUUGAUCGAGAGUCACUGUUUGUGAAGGGCACAACAGAAAGCUUUAUGGAGAAACUUCGGGCCAGGCAUGGCAGAAACCCAAAGUAUGUUGGUUCAAGUGAUGCAUCGCAACCAUUGUUUGGAAUCAGGCAUUUUAACAGAAGUGUUGCGUAUGAUGCAUCGGAAUUUCUGUCAGAUAACAGGGAUUCUUUGAGUGAUGAUAUUUUGUCUGUUUUUCAUCGACAGAAUUGUAACUUCAGAUUUGCUAAUCAUCUAUUUCAACUUGACCUGAAGAGUCUUCCACAACAAGGUGUUACUCCUCAAGGUCAGCAGAGAAGAAUUUUAUCAAGCAGUGGCUCAAACUCAAAGGAUGAUGCCAGAAGAACUUUAUCUCAGGAUUUCAAUAUGCAGCUCGUCAUCUUACUGCGUGCCAUUGGCAAUUCUAAUAUUCGUUAUAUUCAAUGUGUGAAGUCUAAUAUAUCAGAGGAGGCAAAUUUUUUUGAUCGUGCAGUAGUAACUCACCAGUUGAGGAGUUUGCUUGUAUUACAGACAGCACAGAUUCUAGUGUCCGGGUUUGCUCAUCGGCUGCAUUUCAGAGAGUUUGCUAGAAGGUAUCGUUGUUUGUUGUCGUCAGGACGUAGUCUUACCAGUGAGUCUCCUGUCUCUACUUGCCAUGCCAUUAUGACUACUUUCCAACAGAAACUGGAAGAAGCUGGUCAAACAUGUCGACUUGAUUCUUGGGCAUUCGGAACACAUUCAGUGUUUUUCAAGGAAAAGCUACGACAGCUUCUGAAUUGGCAUAGAAUGAACAAACGGCAAGCAGCUGCUAAUGUGAUUCAAAAGGGAUUUUUGAGAAUUUUGAGAAGGCUUCCAAUGGCAAAGCCAUCAGGUAGGUCGCAAGAGAAGCGGCGUGGAGGACAACAAAGAAAAUACUCAAGUGAUGCUGUGAAUGGUGAGACGUCCAGCAGUGAAACGGCUAGUGCAGAUGGUCAUCAUCCACAAGUUGUUCAUAAAUAUGAUGUUGAAAUGGUCAAGCAAACAUGUUGCCUGCACGGGCUAGACAUGGAUGUACCACCUCCAGUUCCUGUUAGUAGACCAUAUACAGUUAGAGGGAAUGUGAAACUUUCUUUCCCACACAAACGAAUGAUGAGACAAAACUACAAUGAUGACGGUGGUAUUAUUCUGCUCAGAGGUGAGCAAGUUGAUGUGGUCGGUGCUUCACCACAGCGAGGAUAUAUGCUAGUUGAACAUCAUGGUGUUUCAAUUCAUGUUCCAUCUCAACUAAUGGAAUUGAGGGUUCCAGGUGCUCGUGAUGGGAGUGAUCUGUAGGAUAAUUGGCAGGUUACAGUAAAAAAGAGGUGUAGUUCAACUUGAGUUUUAUGAUUGCAUGAUGUAUUUGUUGUCUGGCUAGAAGAGAUUUUAAUCACAGAGAUAGUAGAUGCUGACAUCAUAUAUUCUUCAGUAAAUUAUUGCUUCACAAGAUUUUAACAUGUAAUUAAAGUAAUUACUUUUGGUUCGUAAGCUGUUGACAUAGCA